UUCUGUAUUACCUGCAUUGUGUCUUAUAAUUGUCAAAUCUCUGGUCCAGAGAAAGUCCAAGAUAUCAGCCUCAAGGAAGCUUAUGCUGAAGAGUUUAUUGGUGGCCAAAGCCAAGGAGGAACUGGAUCAGGAAGUGUUAGAUAAGGAGCAGGAAAAACAGGGGUAUCUGUCGGAGAAAGCUCCUCCUCUGCAGAUACAGGGCAUGUCCUUUGCUGAGCUACAGGAACUGUGUCAAGAGCUGCAUGGAAAGAUUGAUGUGGUGGAUGAGGAGCGUUAUGAUAUCGAAGCCAAAGUCUUACUGAAUAAGCGUGAGAUCAAAGACCUGAACAUUAAGGUUCUGGACCUGAGGGGAAAGUUCAAGCGACCCACCCUGAGGAGGGUGAGGGUUUCUGCAGAUGCCAUCCUCCGAUCUCUCUUAGGCUCAAAGCACAAAGUCUCAAUGGACCUCAGAGCCAAUCUUAAAUCUGUGAAAAAAGAGGAUACUGAGAAGAAGAGGCCAGUUGAGGAUAGUGACUGGAGGAAGAAUGUGGAGGCCAUGUCUGGUAUGGAGGGAAGAAAGAAGAUGUUUGAUGCGGCAAAAGGUCCCACCCAGUGAACCAUUAUCCAGUGAGGUUAAGAGGGAAGUUUAUGCAACUUUUUGUUUGACAAAUGUAUUUGAUCUAAAAAGGGUUAGGGUUAAAGUGAAAUACUAAAUAUACCAAUAUUAUAUACAGUAGUCUAACUUUAUUUCAGAUGUUGUAAACAGUGUAUUGACAAAUGUAAUUCAUUGUAACCGCUUUGCGUUAGAGCCAAAUAAAUGCAACUUUAAAGUGGCUGAUAAGUGAAUACCAUCUUAGUUUAUCUUUCAUCACGUUAUUGGGGAGAAUCAACAUUUCUAUCAAGGUGUUUUACAGCACCGAUGCAUAUAUGUUUACCUUUGAUAGAUUUGACAUGCUUUGUUUGAAAUUUGAGUCAAAAAAUAUAAAUAGAAACAGGCCCUUUAAGACAAUUAAAAUAAAGUUUCUUCCAAAAUUGCAAGUAAAUUUAUAAUUGCACUGUUAAAAAAGGGUAGACCAACAUGGCUAUUAAAACCAUUCACAUUGAAAGUGAGAUAAUUUUUUUUUGCAUGUUAUACCAGUA